CCGACGGUGCGGGAGGGGGAGGGCACCGCACAGAUGAUGUCAUGAACCUGUCGUGCAAGUGCAGGAGGGUGUCACAGCCAGCGGGGCAGGAGUCUGCGCGUCUUCUUAUUACCAGAGCCGGAUACCGGGGGAUUCCCAGGCUGCACGGAGCCCGAACAGGAUGCUGAUUGGGUAGGUGACGUGCCAGACGCCAAGAUGAGUGUCACCUCGUGGUUCCUGGUGAGCAGCUCAGGCAUGCGACACCGGCUGCCUCGGGAGAUGAUUUUUGUUGGCCGUGAGGACUGUGAGCUGAUGCUGCAGUCCCGCAGUGUGGAUAAACAGCACGCUGUGAUAAACUACGAUCAGGAUAAAGAUGAGCAUCGUGUGAAGGACCUUGGAAGCUUGAAUGGCACCUUUGUUAACGAUGUGCGGAUUCCUGACCAGAAGUACAUCACCUUAAGGCUGAAUGAUGUCAUCCGAUUUGGCUACGAUGCUAAUCUUUAUGUAUUGGAACAGAUCCAGCAUAAGGUCCCUGAGGAAGCGCUGAAGCACGAGAAGUACACGAGCCAGCUGCAGAUGAACCUGAAGGUAGCCAGCUUAAAACGGACGGAGCAGCUAAAGGAGCAGAAUGCUCACUUGGAUCCUUCACAAUACAAACAGGAAAAAGGCGACAAGAAAACUGCUAAUGAGCCUUCAGUUUACCGCACCCCAUUAUAUGGCCAGCCAUCCUGGUGGGGUGAAGAUGAUGCCAAUAACCAGCACGAGCUGCAGGACGGGAGGCGACCAGAGGAGCUGUACUCCGAGAGGUGUAAGGAGACCCCACAUCCUGAUGAGGAAAUAAACUGCAGCAUUGGCUACAGAGACCCCCAGGACCAGUCUGUCUACUCCUUCAGAAGGGAGCCCAGCUACUUUGAAAUUCCAACAAAAGACUUUCAGCAGCCGGCAAAGACGCCUGAGACCCAAGUCCAUGAAAUCCCAACCAAAGACACCGAUACUACCACCGUGCCCGUGGUGCAGAGUCAUGCGUCGUUUACCAUUGAGUUUGAUGACUGUCAACCUGGGAAAAUAAAAAUUAAGGAUCAUGUUACUAAGUUUUCAAUGAGACAGAGGAGGGCUGUGGGGAAGGAAUCUGGUCCAUCAGAGAUGGUGUCAGCUGAGAGCAAAGUAGCUGAUUGGCUAGUGCAGAAUGAACCCAUAUUAAUGAGGAGGCCGUCUCCUGGGGACGACGUCUACAGCACAAAGAGUGAUCUGCCUAUCCACAACAAGACUCUAAAAGGUAACCGUCAUGAAGAUGGAACACAGAGUGACUCUGAAGAUCCCCUUGUGCCAAACCAAACCAGUGAGCCAGGAUCGCCCGAACACGCAAAGCUUCAACGCCAAAUAAAGAGGGAGCCAGAGGAAUUGCUGCAAAGCCAACAGGCAUUUGUCAUUGAGUUUUUUGAUGAGGAUGCUCCGCGCAAGAAGAGGUCACAAUCCUUUACACACAGUGCCAACUCUUCUCAGAAUGACACUGACCCUGCACUCAAGGCAAAAGUUGACAAACGCAAAGGACCUUUGCCUGCAGAGAAAGUGGCUACUAAUGGGACACCAUCUGCUGCGCCAGUAAGCAAGUCUGUGACCAACGCUUCAUUUCCACAAAGAUCUAACUCAUUUAGGAGAGAAAAGACUGAUGACCGAAUAAACACUUGCACCUCUUCAACACCAAGACCUCCUGUAAGAAAUUACGGAAGCGUUGGGAAAAAAUCCAAACUGGCUCAAGAGUUUGCAGCAGAAUAUGCUCGAGAACAAGCUGAGGUUAUUAAACUUGCAGCUGAGAAACCAACAACACUGAAGCUUCCGGCAGCAUUAGUUAUGCAGCCAACAAACAUGCAAAUAACUGCCAACUCUGCCCCACCCCUGCUACCUGCGCCACCUGCGCCACCUGUGCCAGCUGUACCUCCAGACGUCAGACCAGUGAGGCCUAAGCGGAAUGAAGAGGAGGACAGCUUGAGUGAUGCAGGGACGUACACGAUUGAGACAGAGACACAGGAUAAAGAGGUUGAGGAAGCCAGGAAGAUGAUAGAUCAGGUAUUUGGGGUAUUUGAACCAGAGGAGUAUUCCAGAAUUUCUUCAGCAAUUUACCGGCCGGUCAUUAAAUUGGAAAACGAAUUUGCUAAAACCGAUCAGAGCACAACUCCAGCAAGUGUAACCCCACUGCCGACACAAAAAAGUAGUGACCCUCAGACGGAAUCGCAGGCAACAAAAACAUCCGGAUCCAACUCCAAGGGAGGUCAGAAAUGGGUAUCUCGCUGGGCAAGUCUCGCUGAUAGUUAUCCUGAUGCUUCACCAACCACGUCUCCUAUGGACUGUCCGAAGCAGGGAUUAUCUGGUGAUGAUGAAGGUCACGUAGAAUUCCCCAGUGAGAUGGACCCUUCUUUGCCGAGAACAAGACGUAUACUUCCUCAACUCCCACCCAGCGACAGAUCUGACGGUAAUACUCCAACUAUUUUAGUGUGUCAAGAGUCAUUUUCAGAAGUGACUCAAAGACGGAUUCCAGAUCACCAAGAUGUCUCUUCAGGACCUGUCAGUUUGCUCUUCAUACAGGAAGACCUGGAUCCUGACAGCUUAAGUGAUACCAGCAAGUCGGAUGAUGGGAAUCUGUCAGAAAGAAAAUCUUCACAAUUAUCUAAAAAUGAGUGGAAGAAAGAGACAGCAGACAGCCAAGAACCACAUGAUCCAAAGUCUCCAAAGGGUACAGCAGAUCAAAAGGCAACUGGUUUCUAUGUUACAAAUAAUAACGAUUUGGGGAAUCUUCCACAAACCAACUCUGUAUUGCCCAGUGCCGAUCUGCACAAAGAGUACAAAAGUCAUGAGCCCUAUAUAAAGUCAAAAAAUAACUAUCACUCUUCCUCAGAGCCCACAAUGGUUGGAAGGACCGUUAAUCAGACAUCACAGGUGCCCCUUGUUAAGAAAGAGAACAGCUCUGUCAGAGAUCCGAUUUCAUUUAUCAGACAAGAAAGUUUUACCAAAGAAAAGUCCAGCAGUAACAUUCUACCAAACAAGCUUCCAAAUAUCUCAACUCAUCCAUUGCUCAAGGACUUACCUGUAACAAAGGUAAACCAUGACUACAGUCAGGAGACACGUCUGAUCCUUAAAGAGACAGAAACAGCGCUAGCUGCCUUAGAAGCAAAACUCUUUUCACAGUCUCAUUUAGAAAAUGUUUCUUCCCUCAGAGAUGAUUCAUUGUCUGGAGAGUCUGAUGUUGACACAGCAAGCACAGUCAGCCUUGUUAGUGACAAAAAUGUCUCAAGUCAUUCACAGAAGGGCAGAGCCGCAAAUCAUCCGAAGGAAAAAUCAUCAUCCACAACAUCUAUACAAGACCAAUACGGCCAAUCUAGUGCCCGAGAUAGACUUUCUGAAAAACGCAGGACCGGUUCUAGUGAUGGCGGACACAGAGAUGCAACAAAGAGGUUUCAAAUGAAGCGUAGUACUGGAGCACGUGGCUCAUUAGACUUCACAGAUGAAGAGAGGUGUACUAGUCUUCCUUGUGUGCCGGUUGGAGAAACUGUUUCUUCUGAUUAUGAACAUUCCUCUUCAAGGCCUCUUUCUAGGAGGAAACCUUUUACCCAGUCAACUAAAGAGGAUGGUAGUAGAAGUUUGUCUAAUGUACAGAAAGUGCAGCAAGCUUUGACCCGUUCAAACAGUUUAUCCACUCCUAGACCUACUAGAGCUUCCAAACUACGCCGGGCUCGUCUGGGAGAAGCUUCUGAUAAUGAAUGUGCAGAUACAGAAAGGUCAACCAUAAGUCCAGAAACCUCUUCGGCUAAUUCAUCUUCUGCUAAAAGUUCUGGAGAUGCUAAAAAGCUGUCCCGCCUUGACAUCCUUGCUAUGCCUAGAAAAAGAACUGGCUCCUUUACUGUUCCUAGCGAUUCUGAAACGUCAUCUACACGGACAGGUUUUUCGGGACGUAGUGUAGACCAGAGUUAUACAGGUCGAAAGCCGGCAAUGUCUGAGGUUAAACAACCUGUUAAGAAACCUGUUGCUUCUACUACCAAGCAGCCUUUCAGCAGGGCACGUUCUGGAAGUGUCAAGUAUUCCUCCUCAUCAGCAUCAAGACGAAGAAAUCAGGGUUCAGAUUAUGUUUCUACAUCAGAGGAGGAGUAUGGCUCUAAUCACAGUACCCCUAAACACAAACGCUCCCAUACCUCAACAGCCACCCAGACUCCGAGGACCCAGGGUGCAUCGCACAGGCAGAAGCACAACGGGCAUCAGGACGAAGAUGAAGGUGAUACAGAAGCUUAUAACAACUUUAUGGCCCAAUCUGCAGAGAUAGCAGAAAUAGCCAGACUGAGCCAAACUCUGGUGAAAGAUGUGGCGAGCCUGGCGAGGGAGAUUCAUGACGUGGCCGGAGAUGGAGACUCUGUGAGCUCGUCAGGGAACGGACAAAGCACAUCGGCCAGUUCUGUGCCCAACACUCCGGCAUCCACUAUUUCUGCUCGAGAGGAGAUAAUUAAGCGAUCACUACAACGAACAAACGCUUCUCAGCUUGUGCACCACAUCCCGGAAGCCGGUCUGAACUACCAGAAGCUCCCUCCUGGCCCAAUGACACUAAAGGAUUUUGAUCAGAAUAUGAACGACAGUCGUGAAGACGAUCCCACAAAGAGAAGAAUCCGGAACAGGGAAGAGGUGAUCUUUGAUAAUCUGAUGCUGAAUCCGGUGUCGCAGCUGUCACACACCAUAUGUGCAAACACCGAAGUACUUACCGAGAAGAUGAAAAUCUUGUUUCUGAAUAAAGAGAAAAGUUGGGAAGAAAUAGAGGCAAAAAUUAAUUCUGAAAAUGAAGUGCCGAUCCUGAAAACUUCCAACAAGGAGAUCAGCUCCAUUUUGAAAGAGUUGCGCCGGGUUCAGAAACAAUUGGAAGUUAUAAACGCCAUUAUCGACCCCGCAGGACACCUAGAGGUGGUAACAAGUAACAAAAAAUCCUCGUCCAACCAGUCUCCAAACCAUGUAUCUAGGACUUCGAACACCUCCAGAGCGGAUUCUCAUCAGCCUACGCGGGCCAGAAAUUACAUGUAUAAGUCCAACUCCGGGUCCUCCCGGUCAGCGGACUCCAGCUUUGGAAGAGACGAGGAUGAAGCGUACAUUGUCUGAUGGUUAUUUUGCUUUGUUUUUGUACGAGUAGCCCAUGUAAUGAAUGUGGCUUGUGGUAUAAUGGCGAGUGCUUGUUCUCUGCACACUGCUUACACUCUCUGCGCUGUGCGAAUGAAUGUACGGUUUCUGUUUAUCACGAUUAGCACUGUGGGAUGACGCACACUUUAGAAUAGAGGCAAAUUUACUUGAAUAUUUUAUUUUUUCAGCACAGUGUUUGAAUCUCACCAUUGAAUGUGCCAUAACAUUAACCACCUCUUGACUGCCACAGAAUGUUGGGAACUGAGCUGCAGCCUUCUCUGGCAGCCAAAGGGUUAAAACCAGAAAUGCUGGAGAUGUAAAAUACCACUGAAACAAAAUAAUCUUGUAGCCUAAUUGCACUGAUCAUAUAUAUGUGUAUGUUUGUGUAAUUCAGAUCUCAGAGAAUGGUGGUACUUCUGUAAAUACAGCCAUGGGAUCUCUUUCUUGCCAAAUAAUGUUUUUUUCCUCUAUAAAUACAUAUCUUAAGACCUGCAUAUGCAAUCAAUAUUCCUUUAUUUCUCUCUUGAGGGAGGUGAGUUGUAUAGUUCACUCUUGUUUUACUCCUAUUUAUUAUUGUGACCGUAAUAUGUGUAUAAAUGCCUCUGGUCUCCACUAUAAAAUGCUUUUACUUUAUAAUCAGGCAUUGUUUAUGGGAGGCUACUGUAUGGAUAUUCUCAGCUGUAUUGGGUGGUAGUAGUGAUAUAUCCCCUUGGAUACCAUGAAUAUACCCCAGGGUUUAAGAGGUUUUAGUGACAAGGCUCCAGUGUGCGUACCUGCCCUGUUAAUGCUCUCGUUGGGUAGUUAAGGUGCACACACACAAUCCCUGGUUUUACUUUUCUUUACCAGUGUGUGCACUAUAUAAGUAGAACACUUUUUUUAACUUCUUGGAUACCAGAGAGGGCUGUGGUUCAUUGCUGCACAGUUCUCUAAAGCCUGUCCUUGCAGCUUGGGGGGUUAAUGGAAUUGCUUCCAACUUCCAGGGCUCAUAAUGUUGAUGAAAUGAUCCUAAAUUGUGGAAAAUACCACAGGAAGUAAAUUUGUCAGUUCAGUGUUUGUAUAUUUCAGACGUCGCUGUAGCACAGGUGCUUUAUCAUGUUUAAAUAGCGGAUAUCAUUUUAGUAAAUGUCUAAAGCAAA